AUGGCUACCCAAGUUAUCAACCCCCAGGCGACUCCAAUCGCCCUACCUCCUACUGGCCCAGCUGAUGGCCCAGUUGAAGCUCCAGCAGUAUCGUUCUUGGGCUCGAAUUCCACAACCGCAUCGGUCAAUCUUGAAGCCAAAGCACCAUUUUCAUCUAUCCAGGCUCUCUUUGAUCAUCUUCAUGCCCACCCUGAUGAUGUUGCCAAGCUCAAUGCAACCUACCCUCACCGGGGCGUCAUCAAGACUGCUGCCCUACACAAACCCGAGUCGGAUCAGAAGUUCACCAUCGACCUCUCGCCCAUGCGGAACUCUCGGAUUCCAGAAGCACUACGUCAGUCCUUGGAUCCUCAUGGCCUAGGUGAGGUCCUCGACUUCUUCAACGCCAUCAGUGCUUACCUCCUCGCUGGUACCGAUCUGUCUGCGGCACACACCUCAUACAAUAUGAACUAUCGCCUAUGUGACUACAAUCCUAACACGGCUGCUCCCGAAUCGUCGAAUGGAUGCGGAGCCCACACGGAUUAUGGAACCUUCUCGAUCAUCUUCCAAGAUGGCACGCCCGGUCUGGAGCUCGAAGAAACCGCGGGUACGUGGGUUCCCGUCCCAGGGGAUGCCACUGUUGUCUUGACUGGUUGGUGUGCCGUUAUCUUGAGUGGUGGCCGAAUUUCCGCUGCCAAACAUCGUGUUCGCCGUGCCCCGGGCGUGCGUCGACUGAGUGCUGUCUUGUUCGUCGCCCCUGGCCUUGACGUGAAAUUGAAGCCUAUGGGUGAUUCGCAGCCAAUCAGAGCUUUAUCCGACACCAUCAUGCUUGGAGACCUAGAUGUUGCGACCUUCAAGGACGUUAUGGGGAAGAGAUGGCGAUACCGAGAGGGCAACGAAGAGAUGGACAAUGCAGACUCUCUCUCCCAGGAUAACGAGAUUGAGAACAUGGUAUGGGGCUAA